CUCUGUCGGGUCUUUUACCCCGUGGUAGGUACGAUCUGUCCUGGGGUCAUGCGCUACCUCUGAUAAAACCGUAAUAUUUUGCUUUUCGAAUUACGAAACGCCGAAAGGUUACAAUCGUCAUACUGAAGUGAUGAUGGGCAGUAAAACAAGCACGAUUGCCGCCGGGGUUUGCGGGGCCCUAUUCGUUGGCUACUGCAUCUACUUCGACAGGAAAAGACGGAGUGACCCCAACUUCAAGAACAGAUUGCGAGAACGAAGGAGAAAGCAGAAGCAAGCAAAGGAAAAGGCUGGACUUGCGAGGCUGCCUGACCUGAAAGACCCAGAGGCCGUGCAGAAGUUCUUCCUGGAGGAGAUCCAGCUGGGAGAGGAGCUGCUGGCGCAGGGUGACUACGAAAAGGGUGUGGAUCACUUGACCAAUGCCAUCGCUGUGUGUGGGCAGCCCCAGCAGCUGCUCCAAGUCCUGCAACAAACUCUGCCCCCACCUGUGUUCCAGAUGCUUCUAACCAAACUACCUACCAUCAGCCAGCGCAUUGUCAGUGCACAGAGCAUGACUGAAGAUGACAUCGAGUAAGGGAACAGGCCAGCCCCACGGACGAAAAACCCUUCUUCUCCCCCAGGAUUCCCUCCCCCUGUUCUGCUCCAGUCGCCACGCGGAGCGACAACCGGUGGAGGACACGCCCCUCUCUCCCACAGUACCCCGGCAAGGGACUGGCCUUUUGCAACUCGUCCAGCUUUAUUCGUUUUUUUUUUGUUUUGUUUUUAUUUACGGUUCCUCUGGACACUCAUUUUGAUACUUUCGUCCCCAUUCGAUUUUAAACGAGCGCCCACUUGAACCCUUGUCACAUGUUCCUUUUUUUUUUCCUUUUGGCCAUGUCACCUUUCAAAUUGUGCCCUGCCUGAGCCAUAUGUAAAACAAAGUAACGUACAAGGAUAAUGGCAUGCACAGUCUACUUGUACCCACAUGAACGUAACUACAGACAAAUCUUUAAUUAAAAAAGGAACUUGGAAAUGAAUCAUCCUCUGUUUUUCCUCUAUUCUGAGUCCAUCUUACAAUAUGCACAUUACAAAAGUUGUAGCUAGCUAAUUGAGGAUAUGCAAAAAUAAUGUUGCUUCUUAUCCAAGUAUGGUUUUUGUCAGUAUUGUCCAAACCCACAAUAAAGUUUACAGAUCAUUUAGUCUUUUAAGGGAAAACUAAAAGACACUGGACACGGGAGUGCAACGUAUGGAUAUUCCUGUCUGUGUCUGCUACUCUAAACACUAUCGUGUAAGCUGACAUUUAAGGACUGUGAAAUGGUACAGGAAAGGUGAAAAAUCUGUUUGAUUUUUAUACAGCCACCUUGAUUUAAGAUUUACUGAAGCUGUUAUUGUUCCAGAAAGGCUAGAAUAUGUUUUUCCGAUAUGGAAACUUUUUUAUGUAUUUAAAUUCUCUUCUUGAGUCAGUCGUGUCAGGUGAGCUGCUACUCUCAAAGUCAGUACAAUAAAGUGGAUAAAACUGGGAAA